UUCUCGGACAUCUUUAGCGGAAGUAAACAGCUGUAGCUUCAUGUGUAUGUUUAAUAUGCUCUAGUUCUGUUUUUCACUUUUGUUUUAUUAUUUUGAUAAAAAUGGACAGAUUUGUUUGGACAAAUGGGCUCCUUGAGAUGAACGAAACGUUAGUAAUCCAACAAAGAGGAGUGAGACUUUACGACGGGGAAGACAAGGCUAAACUUGAUGUUGGAGCCAUUCUUCUCAGUACCCAUCGCCUGCUCUGGAGAGACCAGAAGAGUCAUGAAUGCUGCAUAUGCAUACCCCUGUCACAGGUCAUAUACUUUGAGGAGCAAGCAGCAGGCAUCGGAAAGAGUGCCAAGAUUGUUAUUCACCUUUAUCCAUCCCCUGAAAAUAAGGAGCCAGGCCCCUACCAGCAGAGCAAGUACUCUUAUAUAAAGCUGUCCUUCAAGGAACAUGGGCAGAUUGAGUUUUACAGACGUCUAACAGAAGAGAUGACUCAGAAGCGAUGGGAGAAUACACCCGUCUCACAGCCGAUCCCCACAGUAACAGGACCCAAGGCAGGAAGGACACGCGCAGUGGGCAUUGUGGGUAUUGAACGGAAGUUGGAGGAGAAAAGAAAAGAGACGGAUAAAAACAUUUCUGAGGCCUUUGAGGAUCUCAGUAAACUAAUGGAAAAGGCAAAAGAGAUGGUGGAGCUCUCCAGAUCCAUUGCCAACAAAAUCAAAGACAAACAGGGUGACAUCACAGAAGAUGAGACCAUCCGUUUCAAGUCUUAUUUGCUGAGUAUGGGUAUAGCCAACCCAGUGACCAGAGAGACGCACGGCUCUGGCACGCAGUACCACAUCCAACUCGCCAAACAGCUGGGAGACAUGCUGCAAGCCCCACUGGAGGAGCGUGGAGGAAUGAUGGCCCUCACUGAAGUGUACUGUCUGGUGAACAGAGCCCGUGGGAUGGAGCUUCUCUCUCCAGAGGACUUGGUCAAUGCCUGCAAGGUGUUUGAGUCACUAAAACUUCCUCUACGGUUGAGAGUAUUUGACAGCGGGGUGAUGGUUGUUCAACUCCAGUCCCACAGUGAAGAGGAAAUGAUUGCCUCAGCUCUAGAUAACGUGUCUGAGAAAGGCUCCCUCACUGCUGAAGAGUUUGCCAAGCUGUUGGGACUGUCAGUUCUCCUUGCGAAAGAAAGGUUGUUAUUAGCUGAAAAAAUGGGUCACUUGUGCCGAGACGAUUCAGUAGAAGGUCUGCGAUUUUAUCCCAACCUGUUCUGACGCAGGAAGCCGAUAUGUUAUCGAACCUUGCUGGCUCUCAGCUCCUGUUGGCCCCAGAUCCCUCUCAGAACUGCUAACUGAUUAGCUCUCGCUCUGGACACAAGUGGGAACCCACUUUCCGCUGUGUUUGUCAGUAGGUCUUUCAUGAACUGCAUUCUUCUUUGUGUAACAUGUUUAGUGAUUUCCACAGCCUUUAAUGAAUAGGGAAUUACAGAAAUGAUCAUGCAGAGGAUGCAGUUUCUCUUUGGAAUCAGUUAUGUUGAUACUGUGUGUGAUUCCAGCACAUUAUAUGCGGUUAGAUGGUCAAUAAAAAUAUGUCAUUUUGCAUUACAUAUACAGGUACAUUAAGACGUGGAAAAGAAACAGGAAAUCUUAUGAUUUUAUACUCAGGAAAAAAAAAAACUGUUAGUGCUUAAAUAAUUCGAAAAUUCAUCUGAAACUCUUCUUUUCCCCUAAUGGAAACAUAAAGUCUUCCACACUUAUUUUGGAACGUAAUAUAAAAAUAAUUAAUCUUUUUUU